UAUUCUGCAACUGGCUCAUCAUCUAUCUGUUAAUCCUCUACGCGGAAUCGAAUCUUCUACUUUGGUUUUGCUCCGUUUGUUACUUUGUUUCCUCUUCAAUCUUCAUUGUCACCUUUUUAGAAAGUUCUAUGUUUUGUGUGUUUGCGGCCAAAAAUUGUUUUGACUUUUGAUUCUGAUUCUUUAAGGAUCAUUACCUGUUCGAUCACUUCACGUUCCUUCUUUCUGCUAUAUAUAUGUAUAUGCAGGAGGAUUGUUUGUUUUAAGUGACUUUGUAGAAGCACAUCAUCGCAAGAUUACAUAGCUGUGUAGCUCUUCUUUCUCUUUCCCCUUGGCGAUUAUUAAACUUUGAACUCAUUUCUCAGACAUGGGCUACUAUAACAAUGUCUUUGAUGGAUGCAAUGACCAAACUGAUAUCGGUGCGGUUAUGCGUGAUGGAAGGGAAGUCAUUCUCCAGGCUUAUAACUGGGAGUCUCAUAAACACAACUGGUACAAAAACUUGGACGCAAAAGUUCCAGACAUCUCAAAGUCAGGCUUCACUUCCGCGUGGCUCCCACCACCAUCUCAGUCUCUUGCACCAGAAGGUUACCUUCCACAGGACCUUUACUCGCUAAACUCAGCAUACGGCUCCGAGCACCUCUUGAAAUCCUUGCUUGGCAAGAUGAAACAGUACAAAGUCAGAGCUAUGGCUGACAUCGUCAUCAACCAUCGCAUUGGCACUACGAGAGGACACGGUGGAACGUAUAACCGCUACGAUGGGAGCUCGCUACCGUGGGAUGAACACGCUGUCACUUCGUGCACCGGAGGAAAAGGGAACCGAAGCACGGGAGAUAAUUUCAAUGGAGUUCCGAAUGUUGAUCACACUCAACACUUUGUUAGGAAAGAUAUUAUCGGUUGGCUUCGUUGGCUGCGUAAUACAGUUGGGUUUCAGGACUUUCGUUUUGACUUUGCUAGAGGCUAUUCAGCUCAGUAUGUGAAGGAAUACAUAGGAGCAGCGAAACCGUUGUUCUCGGUUGGUGAAUGUUGGGAUUCUUGUAACUACAAUGGUCAUGGUCUUGACUAUAAUCAAGAUAGCCAUAGACAGCGUAUAAUCAAUUGGAUUGAUGCCACGGGACAGCGUUCAGCUGCAUUUGACUUCACCACUAAAGGAAUCCUGCAGGAAGCUGUGAUGGGUCAGUAUUGGCGUUUACGUGAUGCACAAGGGAAGCCGCCGGGAGUAAUGGGAUGGUGGCCUUCAAGAGCUGUCACCUUUCUUGAUAACCACGACACUGGUUCUACUCAGGCUCAUUGGCCUUUCCCUUCACACCAUAUUAUGGAGGGCUAUGCAUAUAUACUUACGCAUCCAGGCAUCCCAUGUGUGUUCUAUGACCACUUCUAUGAUUGGGGAAGCUCGAUUCAUGACCAGAUUGUCAAACUGAUUGACGUUAGGAGGCGACAGGAUAUUCACAGUAGGUCAACGAUCCGUAUUUUGGAAGCAAAGUCUAACUUAUACGCAGCCAUUGUUGGUGAGAAACUGUGCAUGAAGCUUGGAGACGCCUCUUGGUGUCCUUCUGGUAGAGAGUGGACUCUAGCAACAAGUGGUCAUCGCUAUGCCGUCUGGCACAAGUAAACCUUUCCCUUCGUCUCGAAGGUCCUGGCUCCAUAUAAAUAAACUCACUUUCUAUCUUGAAUUAAAUUAUUUAAAUAAUGUCCGUUACCUACAUCUCCAUGACGCCAUAUGUUACAAGUUAUCUACGUAUGUUCAAUUUAUAAAGUGAGCACUAUUGUGUUUUGGGUUGA